AGUUUAACAAACAUUUUCCCCAGUGUGUUUAGAUACCACAUGGGUCUUGAACAUAGACUGUAAAAAAUACAGUAGUGGAAGGCAUAAAAAGGUUCUGAAUGGAUCACUUCGAGAAGGAUUUAGUUGAUGCGCUUAAAGACAUUGUCAAGGCUGGAAACUGGCAGUGUGUGGGAGACAAAUCUAAAUUUAAGUCACCAUGCACGAAGUUUUACUCAGAUGAUGGAGAGCAUAUAGUCCUGGUGCAUACAGAGGAUGAUAAAUUCUGGGCUAUGGAUUCAUCUUGCCCACAUGAAGGGGGCCCACUUGAGCAAGGUGAUAUUGAGGAUCUGGGCAAUGGCAAACUGGCUUUGAUUUGCCCAUGGCAUUCCUUUGAUUUCUGCCUUGAAACUGGUUCCUCUUCCUCUGGACUACAGAACCAAGUGUAUGAUGUCCGAGUACUGGAUGGAAAAGUGUAUAUAAAUACUCAAAGCACACUGUCCCUCUGUCCCAUCCCAGUGACAAAGAUAACCCACCAAGACAGUUUACCCAUUGAAAUAAACUCCUCUGAAAACACACUUUGCACAUGGGCCACCAAAAUCCUUAACACCCCAGAUCCACAGGAAAAGGUUUCAUUGACCAAGAUAGUGCAAGAGAACUGGAACAGUGGGAAAAUAACAGAAACUGGAGAGGCCAUCUCUCCUGCACAUCCAAAAAGAAAAGACAAUCUGACUGUUGUGGAGCCUGGAAAAAUCAAACGGGGCAAAGGCGGCACACUGGCGAGUAGGAUUGCCUUAUUGCACUCACUUGCUAACAUAGAGCAGUGGGCAAUAGACCUGUCCUGGGAUGUGAUAGCAAGAUUCUCCACAUUUAGAUUGAGCACUGGAGAGCCAUUACCUCGCCAGUUCUUUGAUGACUUUGUCAAAGUAGCAGGAGAUGAAGCCAAGCAUUAUCAGUUACUAGAGCAAAGGAUUACGGAACUUGGCAGCUUCUUUGGAGCUUUACCAGUACACAACGGUUUAUGGCAGUCAGCAACAGAUACGUCUCAUGACCUUUUGGCAAGGCUAGCUAUAGUGCACAUGGUCCAUGAGGCCAGAGGUUUAGAUGUGCACCCUCAGACUCUGUCCCGCUUCGCCUCUCAGGGAGACGCAAGCUCAGUGAAGGUGUUGGAGGUGAUUUAUGCUGAUGAGAUCACACAUGUGGCUGCAGGGUUGAGAUGGUUCACAUACAUCUGCUCACAAGAAGGACGGGAUUCCUUGAAAACAUUCCAUGAAUUGGUGAAGUUGCAUUUCAAAGGGUUUUUGAAGCCUCCAUUCAAUACAGAAGGAAGGAAGACAGCAGGAAUGACAGAAGAGUGGUAUGUUCCUCUUGUCAAGCCCUCCAUCUUACAGAAGACCUCCUGAUUGGACUUAUUUUUAUUCAGAAUGAAAAGCUGCUUUGCAUCCUGAAAAAAAGGGGACUCUGAAUGGAGAGUGUGCUUGCAUGAUUCAGAUGCACCCUAAGGGUAAAAAAAUCACAGAAUGGAUCUGUGAAUCCAGGAAUAUGUGUAUUCAUUUUUCCACAGUAACCACUAUUUAUAGGUUUCUUUAAUUUUUGCAUAAGAAAUUAAAUUUAAUCAAUGAGCUUGAAUUUUAUGGAUUUCAUUUAAAUAUAUUAAUAGACAAAUAAACCUAUUUAAAUAUUGUUUUUAGCAGUUCAGCGGUCUUGCUGACAGGGGGCGCUGAGAGGUUUUGCUUUCAGCUGAGGUUUUUGGUGUAAGGGGUGUGGUUUACACUGCUGAGAAACUAACUGAUGGUUCUGAGCAGGUUCUCAUAUUUAGUUUAAUAUAUUUUUUAGGUAUUACACUUAUCGUAAUUUAAUAUUUUUUAUAUCAUCAAUUAAUAACUUAAUCUAAAUGCUGAAAAACAUGAACAUUCAAAAACAACUGAAAUGGCAUAAGAGAUAUAUAUAUAAACAAUCAAGACAUGACUCUUAAUAACUUGGAUUAAGUUUAAACAAAGUCAGCAUACUAUUGAUAAAGGCAUGUGGCUUGAAAUUUAAUGUUUUUUGGUAAAAAAUCCUUUGGGAACAACAGUGUGCCGACUUAAAUUUAAUCCAAGUCAUAAAUGCUCGGUUUCACAGACAAGGCUUAAACUAGUCCAAGACUAAAAUGCAUGUUUGAGCUGUUUUAACUGAAAGUAACUUGCACUGACAUAUGUUAAAAUGUGUCAGUUCUAUUGUAAUGUCUCAAGAUGCACACCAGUAAUGUUUUUUUCUAAGGCACAUUUAUAAAAGCUACUCAGAUGUCUUAAUUUAGCUAAGGCCUAAACCUGGCUUAAUCUAAGCCCUGUCUGUGAAAGCAGGCCUAAGAGUUCUGUCUCAAAUGGAUAAUUAAUUGUCACUCCAUGUGAUCACAGAUUUAUCUGAGUAGAUAGAUAUGUUCUUAGCACAGAAUUAAGUCUUUGUAAAAAGUCAUUUGAAGCAAUAUUUAGGCAUUAGGUCUGUCUGGUGUUCUCUCAAAUUUUCCCACUGUUCUUAGGUUAUAUUUAAACAAUUGCAAUGAGUCAUUACACUGAUAAGAAAUUACCCUGAAGUAUGAUACAGAUUUAAGAAUAAAUGGUUCACAGCAAAUACGCUGUUCACUUUGUAACGAGAAUUAAUGUUUAUUUAUCUAGUUUCUAUAAAGAUUUAUAUAUUUAUUUAUUUUUUUCAAAUCGAAUGUGAUGUCGAGAGAAAGACAGUACAAACAUGAGCAGAGAAUGUGUCUAUGUGCUUGUUACCCAGACGUGACAGAGUUUUCCGUGCUGCGUGAGCCUGUGUCAUUGGUUUUCACUUCUGCUUUUUAUAUUUUUGUGAUUUUUUUUUUUUUUUUUUUU